AUGGAUUCCAGCUCAUAUAAAUUCUAUCCUGAACACGACGUUGAUUCUAGAGAACAUCUGGAAACAUAUUUUUCUAACAGACCAGACAUGGUCUUUGGAGAAGAUACAUUGAAAUUUCCAAUGGAAUGUUUAUACCGUGCUUUCAGUGAGGGUCACAUUAAGGGAGAUCUUCUGAUUGACAUCAGUUUUGGAUCACACAUUCAUCAUCUCUAUACAGCCAGUGGCUUUUUCAAACAGAUCCUUGUGCUGAAGUGCUCUGAGCAAUGUAUUAUGGAGCUGAACAGAUGGAUUAACACACGUACUGGAGCUUUUGAUUGGUCUCACAUAAUGACAUAUAUGAAAUGCCUAGAAGGAAACAGUGACCUGUGUCAAGACAAAGACAUGACAUUGAAGACAGCAAUAACAAAGACUAUGAAAUGUAACAUUGGCAAAGAAAAUCUCACAGACCCAGAGGUGCUCCCACCAGCAGACUGUGUCAUCAGUGUAUGUAUGCUGGAUACCAUCAGCAAAGAUCAAGCUGAUUAUAUAAAGAAUCUCAGGAAAUUCAUAAAGCUCCUGAAACCUGAAGGAUACCUGAUAUUGAUGGGGGGUUUAAAUACAACUUAUGUGAUGGUUGGGCAGGACAAGAUACAUAUGUGCAAAUAUGAUGAGAACUUUGUAAGAAAAGUUUUCACUAAUGAAGGGUUUAUUAUUGACCACUGGGCAGUGCACAAAAGAACAUCAGUGAGUGACCUUAUUGACUAUGAUGCAAUUUUAUUUAUUGCAGCUCACAGAGAGUGUUGA